GUCUGCGUUACUUGUCACCAUGGAGAGCACAAAAGAAGAUCCAGCAAGGGGCACACCUGAUCGUCCGACAUAUUCGCUGCCAUCCGAUCAAGAUUCAAGACGACCAGCUUCCAGUAGCAGUGUGGAAAAUGUUUUAGCAAGCAGUUCUAUCCGAGUUCCAACCACGGAACGACUUUCUACCACAGCGAAUACAGUUGACACGAAGCAAGCUGGUUCGACUUCGGCGGAGCGCCAAACUCAAAACACUGACCAGGGACAACAACCAAAAUCACCAAGUUCAUCUAGCAAUGAAUCAAAAGUCUCAUUAACCGAGGAUAUUCAGCUAUUGGGUGAAGAUCCGUUCAGCAGCGAACAGAGCAAAGCCCUUUUUGAUGCAAUUGACGAAUUGAGAAUAUGCGGUGCCGGCCAGGACCUUGAUUUGCCUCAACUUGUAAUUGUGGGACAGCAAUCAGCGGGAAAGUCAUCCUUGCUUCAAAGCUUGACUGACAUCCCCUUCACUGUCGGCGGCGGCUUGUGUACCAGAUUUGCUACCCGCAUUAUAUCUCGGAGGACUGAGCCCGGCACAUCUCCGAUGAUUCAUGUUUCAAUCGAGGCUGGUGACAUCGAUCCGUUUGGUUAUCAGGAGAAUAAAGAGCGGACUGGAAACUUCACCCGCGCCCUUCCAUCAAUGACAUCUAAAGUUUUUGAAGAAACUGUGAAGCAGGCAAGCAGUUACAUGGGAAUUCUCCCAGGGUCCGGACCUAACAAGAAGAAUUUCUCCAGUCAAGUAUUGAAGAUUGAGCUAUCUGGCCCAAGUCGUUCACAUUUUGGCAUUCUCGACGUACCUGGCGUAUUCAAUGCGCCAAUAGAUGGAAUAACGGCUCAAGAAAUGGCUGGUGUUACAAAAAUGGUUACGUCGUACAUGAAGAAAUCUCAAAAUAUCAUCAUCUGCGUCGCACCUGCUAAUGGCGAUUUAUCAAAUCAAGCAAUCCUGAACUUGAUUAAAUCGGAACACAUUGAAAAUUCUCGCGUGGUUGGAGUUUUCACCAAGAUUGACAAACUAGAAGAACACGAGGCCAGAGGGAUUGUCUAUACUGUAAGAGAAAACAAGGGUAUUGCUCUUCAAAAUGGCUGGUUCGUGGUUCAAAAUCGCGGACCGAAUCCUACGUCUCGCCUUGAACGUGAACAAGCAGAGAAGACAACGCUCAACAAACCGCCUUGGAUAGAUAUCCCAGAACAACAGCGCGGUACAGCUAAGCUCAAAGUAUUCCUAGCCAAUAUACUCUGUACGCGUAUUCGAGAAGCUUUCCCGGAGAUGCACAGGACUAUUGCAAAGUCACUGGCUAAAGAGAAGGAAUAUUUGGCAUCACUAGGUGAUGAUCGAUCGGAUCCUGCUCAGCGACGAGAGUAUCUCCUGAUUUUAGUGGGGAGGUAUCAAGAGUUAGCUCGUUGUGCGUUGAAGUCCCCCGAAGAGCUGGCAUUUGACGAGAUGAAGCUCCGCGGGAUGGCCCACCAUGCAGCAGAAAGCUUUGCAGAGGAAAUGAGACUGAAUGGGAAUUCCUUCGAGUUUCUUGAAAUUGCUGAUGGAACCAGCGGUGUCGAUGCAACGCCAAUAUUUUCAAGAACUUCCCUUACGGCACCAAACUCUGACAAAAAAGCGGACUUGUAUAAAGAAAUUCGAAUUCAGAUCCGCACAAACCAAGGACUAGAAUUGCCAGGCAUGUCCAACCCAGCAGUUUUGAAACCUCUAUUUCGAAAACAAACAAGUAAAUGGCAGAAGCUCGGCCAAGAUCAUCUGGAAUCGAUAGUGAAGAUGAGCGAGAACGUUGCCAUGAAAAUCCUGGCCGAAGUGUGCAAACACCUCAAAGCACCUGCCAUCACCAGGAACGACCUGGAAGACGUUAUUUCUAGCUUCAAGGUUCAUGCAGAGAAACAAGCGAUUGAGAGGCUACGGACCUUCUGUCAAGAUAUCACCACUUUCCCGUUACAGACUAGCAACACGCUCUUCCUCGAAAAGGUCACCAAAGCACAGCACGCCCGGUUCAGGGGUGCGCUGGAAAGAUACCGGAAGACAAACCCGGCGGACAAUUUCUUAUUGAAGCUUAUGGCGAGCCCAGAACCCGGUAUUCUCAAGACUAUUCCGCAGGUCUUUGGGUCGUGGGCAAUUGUAGAUCUCAAUAAUAUCAACGACUUGUUUGACCAAAUGCACCCCCGUGGUGUUCAAAAUACCGAAGAUGAGAUACAUGACCUACUGAAAGCAUACUAUGAGAUAGCACUCGAAGAUUUCUUAUCUCACAUCCAACAUCGAAUAGUCGAGCCUUUUUUCCAAGACAAGCAUGGACCUAUCCUGGGUCUCUCUCCUAAUUAUAUCUACAACCUAUCAGAGGAGAGAAUUGAGAUGCUAGGAGGUGAAGAGAAAUCCGUGAUUGAUCUUCGGAAGGAUACCAUUGAUAAGAUCAAGAGGCUAGAGGAUGCGAUGAGGAUUGCGGACCAAACUUGGAGGCGGACGAAGGAGCUCGAAGCAUGAUAUAAGAGCGAAUCACAUGAGUUGAGUAAUCGAAUGUAUCUGUGUGAAAGAGACUUGGAAUUUGCAAACUUAGAUGCAUUCGGU